CUUCUAACAGUAGCUUGACAAAGGUUAGGAAGUUCAGUGUAUUCCCAAAGUGGACAGAUUUUAAUGGUAUCCAAACACGGGACAGUGGCGGGGCUACAUGUUGUCGUUGUUGAGGUGUGCACACACCACGUGAUUCCAUUACCGGUCCUGUACUACAGCCACUGCUGGUAUGUCGUGAAGUCACGGGGCGCGGUUUCAGUUUACUCUCUGCACUGACAGAUUUUUUUGACAGCUUCUUGAACGAGAGCCCCUUUCCUUAAAGGGCUGACUGGGAAGCCCCCAUGGUUGCUGCAUUAUGCAUGUUGUCACAAAAUGUAUUUGUGUUUCUGACGGAGCGAUCGGACAAUGUGGCACCCUGAGACACAGCAGCUUCACUUUCGUAUUUAAUCAACUGGCGAUUAUUAAGAGGUUCACUUUUUAAACGUGUUGUUUUGGGGCCUUUUCUUUGUUCUGUGCUUUCCCAUUAAAUCGACUCCGCUUUGCAUGCUCACAGAAAUGGCUAUAGCACGCCUAGCCUCCGAUUAUGUGUUUUCGGAUUUUUUACUCAAAGAACCAACAGAAUCAAAGUACAAAGGAGUGCGAUUGGAACUGGCUGUGGAUAAACUUAUCACUUGUAUCUCAGUGGGACUACCGUUGUUGCUCAUUUCGCUUGCCUUUGCUCAGGAAAUUUAUGUAGGUACUCAGAUAAGCUGUUUUUCUCCAAGCAGCUUCUCAUGGCGACAAGCCAUGUAUAUUGAUUCCUUUUGUUGGGCUGCCUUACAGCAGAAGCAUUUAGUGACCAGCGAUUCAGGAAGAAUUCCACUGUGGCUUCACAAAUUUUUUCCAUAUAUACUGCUGCUGGUGGCUAUUGUGUUGUAUGUUCCAUCACUUAUCUGGCGUUUCACUGCUGCUCCUCAUCUUCAGUCCGACCUUUCAUUUAUAAUGGAAGAACUGGAUAAAGCCUAUAACAGAGCAAUUAAGUUGGCCAGCAGUUAUUCGUGCAAUGGAGGAAGUAGUAAUUUCGAUUUGACUGCUGCCGUAAAUGAAUCUCCAAGUCUAGUUGAAAAGCCAGAAGACUUCUUCAGGUUUCCUAUAGUUGAAGAAUACCUAAAGACAAAGAAGAAAUCCAAGAAAUUAAUUAUCAAAUAUUGCCUGUGCCGGCUGCUGACUCUUAUAAUUAUUAUUCUUGCCUGUGUUUACUUAGGUUACUACAUUAACCUAUCUUCUAUCUCAGAUGAGUUUGUGUGCAAUGUCAAAACUGGCAUUUUGAAGAACAAUACCACUAUUCCAGAUGCUUUUCAGUGCAAACUUAUUGCAGUUGGAGUGUUUCAGGUUCUUAGUACUAUUAACUUAGUAGUAUAUUGUUUGAUAGCUCCAGUCAUCAUUUAUUCGGCCUUUGUUCCAUGGAGGCAGAGGCUGGAUUUUCUUCACAUUUAUGAAUUGCUGCCUACUUUCACUGGUUUACAUGUGAACGAAGAUGGAUACGAUGAUCUGAGCCUUUACAUCCUUUUCCUUGAGGAAAAUAUAAGUGAAGUGAAAUCUUACAAAUGCCUUAAAGUGUUGGAAAACAUUAAAGAAGAAGCAGGAGGCAAUCCACUGAUUCUUCUACUAACCCUUGGAAAGGUCAAAACAGAUGUUGUUGAUGGGAAACUUCUGAAAAAUUGUGCCAGUCCUAAUACAAAUGUACAAAAUAAUGCAGUUAAACUUCAAGCUACAAAUUCUCAGCCUUCAGAUGACAAAAUACAGUCCAGCAUGGGUGACAAGAAUGUUCGGCAAAGACUUAUGGAUUCUUCAUGCUGAGGUUGCUUCAUGCUUCUCUCCCUGUCUACUGUAUCCUGGCCAGUGUAUAUGGCCUGUCUUCAGAAAACAUGCACUUAAGAAUCAUGAGGAUUGAAGAGAAGAACAACUUUAAAACACUGUACAAGCAAGGUUUUGCUUCCUGCUGAUCACUUAGGGACUACUUCAGACAUACUCAUUGUUAAUUGUAGCCUUGGUCCAGCUGAUUUUAUUUUGAAAUGUCAUGUCAGGUGAGGGCCUUGUUUUAUGCUUGUUUUACGCUUCUGUGCAAUCCCUUGCAUUGGAAUACAGGGAAAAACUGGACUCUGUGUAAACAUACAAGAUGUUAAGACUGGUAAAGAUAUAAAAACUGAAUAAUUUAUAUAAUUUAUGGUUAUUUGAAAAAUAAAAAUGAGCCCCAAAAAGAGAAUGGAUCUGUUACCGAACCAAACAACAUUUUACUGAUGCUAUUUUGCAAUCGUACGACUUCCUGUAGACCACAUAUAAUUCUUGCAAGCUGAAUUGUAAAUUGCAUGUUAAGUGAGCAAAUAGUUAAUGUUGGAUUAUGAAUAGUUUCAGAUUCUGCAAACCUUGAGACAUUUACAGCAGCCAAAAUGGUAUUUUUAAGAAUGAUUCCUAAAUGUUGAACAUUUGUUUAAAUGUACACAAAGAAAAUUUUGAUUGUUAAAUCAUGAGAUUGAUACUAUACUUUCCAUUUAAGGAUUUUGAAAUUCCCAUGACAGCAUUUUUUUGUUUCAUUAUGUUUUUAAGUAUAGUCAUUAAGACAUGCUCGUUAAAAUCAUUAGAUGCCACACACACAUACACACACACACACACACACACACACACACACACAACGCAUACAUAUGGUAUGUAUAUUCGAGUGCCUCUUAUGUGAGAGCUUAUUUAACUGAAACUAAAAGAAAAGCUAAUUUAAAGAACUGCAUUCUUGGUGUGGGGGAGGGGGGCUUGCAUACACAACCUCAGGCUAAGUUAAGCAGUUUGACUAAGUAAGUUGUUAGUUAAGUGGCACUUGCUUGAACAUAGCAGUGCCAUAUAGACGUAUGUAGCUAGACAAGGUAAAUAUUGAUUGUACUUAUCUAUCAGUGUUCUUAUAACACAUUCAUUGAAAUGGUGUUACAGGUAAUUUAAAUGUAUCAGUAUUUUUUCUUUUUGAAGUACGGUCACACCCACAUACCAUUCACAUAAACACAGAGUGACAUAAAGAGAAAGGUACACAACUGCCAUUAAUGACAAAUGGGCAUCUGCACUCUGUCUUGUUAUACGGAUUAAAAUGUUAAACCAUCCUUAGCAAUACUGUAGAUUGUUAUAAUAUCCCUGUUACAAAAACUGGAUUGGUUCAGCUUAUUUACUGUCUACAUGUUUAACUAAUUGUUAUUGUAACUUGAAAAACUGGUGUCCUAGUGACACAUUUUACAUCUUCCCUAACAUUGUUUCCAGUAAGCAAGCAUGAACAUUAUUAAAUAGGGAAUGCAA